UACUAUUUUAGGUAUUUUGGGAGAAAUCUUGAAUACCUGCAGAGAACACUAGAGCAAACACAUCACCUGGAAAAGAUAUAGAGUACCAAGAAGUGGAUUCUUGAUAUCCACCUUGUAACCUGAGUGGACUUUUAUUUAUCUUUUAAACUUCUUAAUAUUUACAAUGAAUGGGCACAGUGAUGAAGAAAGCAUAAGAAACAGUAGCGGAGACUCAAGCCAGUCAGAUGAUGAUUCUGGGUCAGCGUCGGGUUCUGGAUCUGGUUCAAGCUCUGGAAGCAGCAGUGACGGAAGCAGCAGCCAGUCAGGCAGCAGUGACUCUGACUCCGGUUCAGAGUCAGGCACUCAGUCAGAGUCAGAGUCUGACACAUCUAGAGAGAAGAAACAUAUUCAAGCGAAACCGCCAAAAGUUGACGGAUCUGAGUUCUGGAAGUCUAGUCCAAGCAUACUUGCUGUGCAAAGAUCAGCAGUGCUCAAGAAGCAACAGCAACAACAAAAGGCAGCCUCCUCAGACAGUGGUUCAGAAGAGGAUUCAUCAAGUAGUGAAGAUUCUGCAGAUGACUCAUCCAGUGAAACCAAGAAGAAAAAACAUAAAGAUGAAGACUGGCAAAUGUCAGGAUCAGGGUCAGUAUCAGGAACUGGUUCUGAGUCUGAAUCAGAGGAAGAUGGGGAGAAAAGCAGUUGUGAAGAGAGUGAAUCUGACUAUGAGCCAAAAAACAAGGUUAAAAGCCGUAAGCCUCCAACCAGAAUUAAGUCAAAAAGUGGGAAAAAGAGUGCAGUACUGAAAAAGAGGCAACUUGAUUCAUCGGAUGAGGAAGAGGAGGAGGAGGAUGAUGAUGAUGAUUAUGAUAAGAGGGGAUCUCGCCGCCAGGCAACAGUCAACAUUAGCUACAAAGAAGCUGAAGAAACCAAGACAGAUUCUGAUGAUUUGCUGGAAGUUUGUGGAGAAGACGUCCCACAACCUGAAGAAGAUGAAUUUGAAACAAUAGAGAAGUUCAUGGAUAGUCGAGUUGGCCGAAAAGGAGCCACGGGUGCUGCAACCACCAUCUAUGCAGUUGAGGCAGAUGGGGACCCAAAUGCUGGGUUUGAAAAGUCAAAGGAGCCAGGAGAAAUACAGUAUCUUAUUAAAUGGAAAGGUUGGUCACACAUCCAUAACACUUGGGAAACCGAGGAAACACUGAAGCAACAAAAUGUUAAAGGAAUGAAGAAACUGGACAAUUACAAAAAAAAGGAUCAGGAAACAAAACGAUGGCUGAAAAAUGCUUCUCCAGAAGAUGUGGAAUAUUACAACUGCCAGCAGGAGCUUACAGAUGACCUGCAUAAACAAUAUCAGAUAGUGGAAAGAAUAAUUGCUCAUUCAAACCAGAAAUCAGCAGCUGGUUAUCCAGACUACUAUUGUAAAUGGCAGGGUCUGCCUUAUUCAGAAUGUAGCUGGGAAGAUGGUGCGCUCAUUGCCAAGAAAUUUCAGGCACGCAUUGAUGAGUACUUUAGCAGAAAUCAAUCCAAGACCACUCCCUUUAGGGACUGCAAGGUUCUAAAGCAGAGGCCAAGGUUUGUUGCACUAAAGAAACAACCAUCAUACAUCGGAGGACAUGAAAGCUUAGAGUUAAGAGAUUAUCAGCUAAAUGGAUUGAAUUGGCUUGCUCAUUCCUGGUGCAAAGGGAAUAGCUGUAUUCUUGCAGAUGAAAUGGGUCUGGGUAAAACAAUACAAACAAUUUCUUUUCUGAACUACCUGUUUCAUGAACAUCAGUUGUAUGGGCCUUUCUUGCUGGUCGUGCCACUUUCUACCUUGACAUCGUGGCAAAGAGAGAUUCAAACUUGGGCUCCUCAGAUGAAUGCUGUAGUUUACUUAGGAGAUAUAACUAGCAGAAAUAUGAUAAGAACUCAUGAAUGGAUGCAUCCACAGACCAAACGGUUAAAGUUUAACAUACUUCUAACAACAUAUGAAAUUUUGCUGAAGGAUAAGACAUUCCUUGGUGGUCUGAAUUGGGCGUUCAUAGGAGUUGACGAAGCUCAUCGUUUAAAAAAUGAUGACUCCCUUCUGUACAAGACUUUAAUUGACUUUAAGUCUAACCAUCGUCUUCUUAUUACUGGAACACCUCUGCAAAACUCCCUCAAAGAGCUUUGGUCUUUGUUGCACUUCAUCAUGCCAGAAAAGUUUUCCUCCUGGGAAGAUUUUGAAGAGGAGCAUGGCAAAGGGAGAGAGUAUGGUUAUGCAAGUCUUCACAAAGAACUUGAACCAUUUCUGUUGAGAAGAGUUAAAAAAGAUGUAGAAAAGUCUUUACCUGCUAAAGUUGAGCAAAUUCUGAGGAUGGAAAUGAGUGCAUUGCAGAAGCAAUAUUAUAAGUGGAUUUUAACCAGGAAUUACAAAGCCCUCAGUAAAGGUUCAAAAGGCAGUACCUCAGGCUUUUUGAACAUCAUGAUGGAACUCAAGAAGUGUUGUAACCAUUGCUACCUCAUUAAACCACCAGAUGAUAAUGAAUUCUAUAAUAAACAGGAGGCCUUACAGCAUUUAAUACGUAGCAGCGGGAAACUAAUCCUUCUUGACAAGCUAUUGAUUCGUCUGCGAGAACGUGGCAACAGAGUUCUGAUUUUCUCACAGAUGGUGAGGAUGCUGGACAUCCUAGCAGAAUAUCUGAAGUAUCGUCAGUUUCCCUUUCAGAGACUUGAUGGAUCAAUAAAAGGGGAGUUGAGGAAACAAGCACUGGAUCAUUUUAAUGCAGAAGGAUCAGAGGACUUCUGCUUUUUACUGUCUACCAGAGCUGGCGGGUUAGGUAUCAACUUGGCAUCUGCUGACACAGUAGUUAUAUUUGACUCUGACUGGAAUCCACAGAAUGAUCUGCAAGCACAGGCUAGAGCGCAUAGAAUUGGACAGAAGAAACAGGUUAAUAUUUAUCGACUAGUCACGAAAGGAUCAGUAGAAGAAGAUAUUCUUGAAAGAGCGAAGAAAAAGAUGGUGUUAGAUCACUUAGUAAUUCAGAGAAUGGACACUACAGGGAAAACCAUACUACACACAGGCUCUACUCCUUCAAGCUCAACACCUUUUAAUAAGGAGGAGUUAUCAGCGAUUUUGAAGUUUGGUGCUGAGGAACUUUUUAAAGAACCUGAAGGGGAAGAACAGGAGCCUCAGGAAAUGGAUAUAGAUGAAAUCUUGAAGAGGGCAGAAACUCGGGAAAAUGAGCCAGGUCCAUUAACUGUAGGAGAUGAGUUGCUUUCACAGUUUAAGGUGGCCAACUUUUCCAAUAUGGAUGAAGAUGAUAUUGAGUUGGAACCAGAAAGAAAUUCAAGAAAUUGGGAAGAAAUCAUUCCAGAAGUCCAGCGACGAAGAAUAGAAGAGGAGGAAAGACAAAAAGAACUUGAAGAAAUAUAUAUGCUUCCAAGGAUGAGAAACUGUGCAAAACAGAUCAGUUUUAAUGGAAGUGAAGGGAGGCGCAGUAGGAGCAGAAGAUAUUCUGGAUCUGAUAGUGACUCCAUCUCAGAAAGAAAACGGCCGAAAAAACGUGGAAGGCCACGAACUAUUCCUCGAGAAAAUAUUAAAGGAUUUAGUGAUGCAGAGAUCAGGCGGUUUAUCAAGAGUUACAAGAAAUUUGGUGGCCCUCUUGAAAGGUUAGAUGCUGUAGCUAGAGAUGCUGAGCUAGUUGAUAAAUCAGAGACGGAUCUUAGACGUUUGGGAGAGCUUGUACAUAACGGAUGCAUUAAAGCUUUAAAGGACAAUUCAUCUGGACAAGAAAGAGCAGGAGGUAGACUUGGGAAAGUUAAAGGGCCAACAUUCCGAAUCUCAGGAGUGCAGGUGAAUGCAAAGCUAGUUAUCUCUCAUGAAGAAGAGUUGGCACCGUUGCACAAAUCCAUUCCUUCAGAUCCAGAAGAAAGAAAAAGAUAUGUCAUCCCAUGCCACACCAAGGCUGCUCAUUUUGAUAUAGAUUGGGGUAAGGAAGAUGAUUCCAAUCUGUUAAUAGGCAUCUAUGAAUAUGGUUAUGGCAGCUGGGAAAUGAUAAAAAUGGAUCCUGAUCUCAGUUUGACACAGAAGAUUUUGCCUGAUGAUCCAGAUAAGAAACCCCAGGCAAAGCAGUUACAGACUCGUGCAGACUACCUCAUUAAAUUACUGAAUAAAGACCUUGCAAGGAAGGAAGCACAGAGGCUUGCUGGGGCAGGCAAUUCAAAGCGGAGGAAAACAAGAACUAAGAAGAAUAAGGUGAUAAAGGCUGCAAAAAUAAAAGAAGAAAUAAAAAGUGAUUCUUCACCACAACCCUCGGAAAAAUCUGAUGAAGAGGAUGAUGAGGAUAAUAAGGUAAAUGAAAUCAAAUCUGAAAAUAAAGAAAAAACUAAAAAAAUUCCAUUGUUGGAUACUCCAGUUCAUAUUACUGCAACUAGUGAACCUGUUCCUAUAUUGGAAGAAUCUGAAGAACUGGAUCAGAAAACUUUUAGUGUGUGCAAAGAAAGAAUGAGGCCUGUCAAAGCAGCAUUAAAACAGCUGGACCGACCAGAGAAGGGACUUUCUGAAAGAGAGCAGCUGGAACACACUAGACAGUGUCUAAUCAAAAUUGGGGAUCACAUUACUGAAUGUCUAAAGGAGUACACAAAUCCUGAACAAAUAAAACAGUGGAGAAAAAACUUGUGGAUUUUUGUCUCUAAGUUUACAGAAUUUGAUGCCAGAAAGCUGCACAAACUGUAUAAACAUGCAAUCAAAAAACGCCAAGAGUCUCAGCAACAAAAUGACCAGAAUAUUAGCAGCAAUGUGAAUACACAUGUAAUUAGAAAUCCAGAUGUGGAAAGGCUGAAGGAGAAUACAAACCAUGAUGACAGUAGCAGGGACAGUUAUUCUUCUGAUAGACAUUUGUCACAAUACCAUGAUCAUCAUAAAGACAGGCAUCAGGGAGAUGCUUACAAGAAAAGUGACUCUAGGAAACGGCCCUAUUCAGCCUUCAGUAAUGGAAAAGAUCACAGAGAUUGGGAUCACUACAAGCAAGACAGCAGAUACUACAGUGACAGUAAACAUAGAAAGUUAGAUGACUACAGGAGCAGAGACCACAGGUCAAACCUGGAAGGAAGCUUAAAAGACAGCCGGGCUCAUUCAGAUCACCGUUCCCAUUCAGACCACAGGAUACAUUCAGAUCAUCGUUCCACUUCAGAGUACAGCCAUCAUAAAUCUUCUAGGGAUUAUAGGUACCACUCAGACUGGCAAAUGGACCACAGAGCUUCGGGUAGUGGCCCAAGGUCACCAUUAGAUCAGAGGUCUCCUUAUGGUUCAAGAUCUCCCCUAGGACACAGAUCUCCAUUUGAACACUCAUCAGAUCACAAAAGUACACCUGAACAUACAUGGAGUAGCCGGAAAACAUAACAAAGACUGACAUUUUCUGGACCUUCUUUUAGCCAUAUACAGUAAACUAACACAGUAAUUGCCUUACAUGACUUGAAAGAUACAGACUGGAUAUUCUAUCAGUAGCAGUAUUGUUACUUCUUUCCAGGAUGCAAGGUCUAUUAUCCCAACAGAAGAAAAAUAUUUUUGUAUUUAAAGUUUAUGCUGCACUGUGCUGCAAAUGCUGUGGCACUCUUUUUUAAGAAAUGGAAGAUGUUUACUUUUACAGGGACCUCAACACUGCCCCUUUCAGACUGGAUCUUACUAUAAAACUCUUCAUGUUAAAGUGGUUUUAGGCUGAACACGUUUUAAAUUAUGUUUGUAAAUGAACUUUUAAACACUGACCUGUGCUCAUAUUUCAGGAAGGAAUGGGGAAUUUAUUUUCUUUUGUUUAUUAGUGAAGAACUCUCAAGGACUUUGUUCACUUUCCAAAGCUACUUGUUUACAUUGUACACUGCGACCACCUUGCCGCUUUUCAUCACAAGCUUGAAUAUUUAAAUUCUGUACCUAUAACUGUAAAAUAGCCAGGAUUUCUCCUGUUUGUGAUCAGUUAUAAUGCCUUUUUACAAAACAAACAAAAAUGAUAAUAAUAAAAAAAAAAAAAAACACAAACAUGAAUGGCUGUAAAUUAUUGUAACUUAAUUAAAUGAGCUUUUUCCCCUCUCAGGCUUUUUUUGACUGUUCCUUUCCCCACCAACUCAGGCCUUCUUGUCAUAAGUAUGAAACAUAAUUGGUGUACUUAUAUGUUUUAAUAAAAUAUCUUGAUGGAAUCACUGUUCAGAAUGUAAAAAUGGGGAAAGGGAACAUUUAAUUCCAUUUAGUGCUCCUUUUUUAUGGAUACUUUAGAGACAUGUUUUGGCUUUUUUAUUUUUUGUUUGGUUUUUUUUUUUUUUCUUAUUAAACUGUCAGUGUUGUGAUUGAUUGUAAUGGUAAGAAAUAUCCAACUAAACUGUGCUCUGGAAAGCUUUUCAGGUGCAUUGGUUUUAAAGGAGGAGUGUUAAGUCUCUCAACACUUCAGAAUCCAAAUCAGCCAAAAUUAUUGUAAAUCCAUUUGUGUUCCCUCUUCAACAUGGGCAAUAAUCUCAAAUGUGCUAUGCAGCCAGUUAAUAUUUUAGAAGAUUUGAAUGACUUUAUUGACAGAAUUGUUACAAUGCACACUGAUUGUACAUAGAUAACUUCUAUCUGAAAAAUUAAAUUUAAACUAAAAGGA